AUGCCUUUAACAACACCGGUUUUGACGGUGGACGCCGGUAAUAUUCACAAGGUGGACACCGCAAAUGCGCAGUCGCUUCAUGGAAUGUGGAUGGUAUUCUCAAAAUGUGCCGACUACAUGGACCAAGGCCGACGCCUGGAGAACCUGAGCUGGCGCCUGUGGACUCGCGAAACCUUCUGCGUUGAACCCGACAAGUCAGAGUCGAAAUCAACCGACACCUCCCUCCUGCCGAAGCUGCGCUCCGAGGCGGCUGAUCUUCCGGAGCUCUCCGCCAGUGUCGAGUCGGCCGCGUCCGACCAAGCCGAACGCAUCGAAGCACACAUCAAGCGACCUCAAUUCUCCGAUUACAGACCUGCCGUUGUCCGUGAAGACUCCCUGGCCAGCCUGGGUCGUGGCAAGGAGAAGCAUAUCACCUCUUUGGACCUGGAGCGUAUGGUCCUUAACAUUAAGGAGCGGAAGCAGUUGCAGCCGAUCGCCCCCGUGGUCCAGCCUGCUGCCCCCGUUGUUGACAUUACUCCUCGUCCCUCUACUCCUACUCCCACUCCUCCCUCCGUCUCUACUGCUCGACAGGUCCCAACCUUCCCUCGUCCCGCCCCUCAACCCCAUGAAUCGACCGAGUCUUGCUCCACCACUGCCCCCGAAGGCAACGAUAGUGACUCGGCCAAUGCUACUGCCUCUGACACCAGCGUCUCUUCCUCUGGGGUUCUCCCCAGUCAAGCUGAGUUGAUCAAGUCGCCCAGCAUUGUCCGCGGUUUCUCGCCCUCGCACAUCUCGUCGUCCUUCCGAUCCCAGACCAACCUGGCUGUCAAGUCGAGUCCCUCUGGUACCACCGUUCAGCAGCUCAAGCCAUCUCCUCUUAAGAAGAAGGGUGGCAUGUUUACACUGGGUGGAUCUUCUGGUGAUGACGAUGAGAGCUCUUUCGAAGACCGCAUGGGUCCCAAUGCUCCGCAGAAUAACCCGACCGUUGGUGGAUUGAAGCCGGCAACUAGCAACCCCAGCCCCUCUAAGAAGGUGGCUUCCUUCAGCGACCACGUUGACACUAUCCGACCCUCAAAGAGCCCCCUUCGCUCCGACGAGGACGCCAUUGAAACCGACGAUGAGGUCUCCGAGAGCGCCAUUGAGGAUGACGAGGAUUCUGACUGGGAGGACUCGGUAACAGAAAGCGGCAAAUCUAGCGUGGACGAGCGUCCCGAACUUUUCCAGCGAGUCGAUUCGCGACCCAACCUGGUCUCUCGUCGAUCGCUUUUGACUAUGAUGAUGCACCAGCCAGGUCGCAUGCAAGGAAACGCGUUCCGCUCCAGCCCUGCCCUCCAGCGGUCUCGUUUGACUUCGCCUAACGGUCCCUCCAUCCCGGCCUCGCCUCCAGAGAACGACGAAGAGAAUCUGACUAUGCGCGGACCCGACGUUCCUCGAUCCAAGCCCAUUGUUAUGAAGCCGCCCCACCCGCAGUCCGUCGCUCACUCGCCUCGGACAACCCGCCGUAACAUGCUUGCGACCGAGCUGACCGAGUCCCUUCGCCGACAUCUACUCUGGGAGCGCCAGCAGAAGAGCGCGACCGCCAAUGCCUUCCUCAAGCGCCGUCACACCGCCCACGAUGUGAAGAAUCUGCAGGAAUACCCAGCACCAAAGGGACCGAAUCGGGCAACGGGCGCGGCAGGCCCAUCUACUUCGGGUGAAAACCAGCCCGGCAACCAGGCUCGGGAUAAGGAUCUUUCAAAGAACGGAUCCUGGACCAACUACACCACGGACUAUGGCCCAUGGGAGUACCACGUCAAGGGCUGGUAA